CUCCUUUCUCUGUUGCUCUAAUCGUCACCACGAGUGCAGAAUCAGCCACAAUGUCUUACUACGGAGGACAGCCUUACUACCAGGAGCGCCCUCCUUAUGAGCGCCCCCCCUACGACGCCCCGCCCGCCGACAGACCUCCCUACGAGCGCCCCCCAUAUGACAGACCUCCUUAUGACCGCCCGCCUUCCGACAGACCUCCCUACCAGGGCUCCCCUUACGAGAGACCUCCCUACCAGGGUGGUCCCCCUCCAGAGCGUCCUCCCUACGAAGGCGCCGACCGCUCUUACGACUCUCGCCCUCCAUACGCAAGUCCCCCCUCGUCCUUCCGGCCCCCCCCGGUUCCUCCCCCCUCCUCUUCCCAUGGGCUGGACCCAGGAAUGGGAGCCCAGCGCCCGCCGUGCUUUCUUUGUCGAGGUCGCUACCGGCCGCUCCCAGUGGGAGCCUCCUCUAGGCGACUCCGACGGCUCCCGUGACCUGGCGCCUGCCGGACCUCCGGGCGGAUACUAUGGUGCUUCUUCACCUGCUCCUCCUCCGCCGGAGGGCGGAUACUACCCUCCCCAGCAGGGUGGGUACUACCCACCUCAGCAGGGCGGUGAAUACGUCGACCCCGAGGAGCAGAAGAAGAACGAGCGCAAGAAGAUGAUGCUUGGUGCUGCCGGUGGCCUGGCCCUCGGUGUUGCCGCUGGUGCUCUCAUCAACCACGAACUGGAGGAGCACUCGAGCUCGAGCGACGAGGAGCGUGAAGGCUCCCCCCAGCGUGAGAUCUACCACGAGCGUGAAGUAUACAUCGAGCGUGACGUCGAGCGUGAUGAGGAGCCUGCCUACGAGCCCGAUGACUGGUAGUGGUAGGCUGAGCCUUCCUUAUCUUCUUCCCCUAGAUUCUCGCGGUUUUGAGUUUAAAUUGAGCGAUACUUAUUUUCGGGAAGUUUAUUUGUAUUUAAUGCAACCACCCUUCUUUUUUUUUUCGUUCCAUAAAAGACUUCAUGGUACUUAGGUUGGCACGGUUUGCAUAGUGCGAAGGGGUUACAUUGAGCCAGAUACUCUAACCCGAUCCUGCAAUAGAAUGUUC